AGACCUGCUUUAAAGGCUAGUGCUAAUGAAGUUUGCACUAUACUAGUGUGAUCAAGUGGUGUUCCCGUUGGUUAACUAAAACACUGGAAAUUAGAUUUUCUAGUGCAGGUACAAUUUAAUUAAUAUUAAGGUAUCAUCAGUACUGAAAUUAGUUGGGCUAGUUGGUAGACAAUCUGUUUCCUAAACUAUAUUGAUGAAGGGGAAGGAGCUUUGUCAUUCCAUGGAUUUUUGAGUUCAUACACUUUCUUUGUUCUUUUUUUUUUUUUUUUGUUAGUUGAGUUUUAACAGUCAUUGGUCUAAAAGCCAAUUAUUUUCAUAGCUCAAGUUCAUGAUAAGUAACAUCUGUAAUACUACUACUACUUGGUUUGUCCUUGGGUUAAGAUUUAUCACUGGCCAACUUAAGUUCUUUAAUAGAGGAUGACCCCAUAGUUUUACAUAAUUCAAGUUCAUAGGGUAGUUAUAUUGAACAGUGAGGUCAAAAUUUCAGUUAAUGUGUAAUAGACAUUCUGCAAAAGUUAGAUGAUCUUAGUGACACAUAACUCAUUGUUGUCAAAGGCUCAAGGCACACUGAGGCGCAAGAGUGCUUGGAGCCUAGAUGCAAUGCAUAAGCACAGGCACGAGCCUUUUGGAUGUGAGGCACUCAUUUAUUAGAUAGCUAGUAGGGUAUUUUUAUUGUUUUCCCAAAUUUAUUUUAAUUUUUUCCCUAGUUAUUACUAGUUAUAUUUUAACAAGUCCAUCAAACAUUAAAAACCAAAAAAAAAACAAUUAUGACAUGGGCACUGAAGGUGCGUGCCUUACUCCUCAAGGUGAGGCACUUGCCUUAGAGCCUAGGCGCGCACCUCAUAGAGCAAGGCACCCUCAACUGAGCCUUGAGCCUAGGUGUGCUUUUGACAACCAUGAUGUCAUAACUUAUUUUAGAAUCUUAUGGAUUUGACACAUGCUUCCUUUUGCUAAGAUGAUACUUGACAGUGUUUUAUCUCAAUUUUAGAAAAUUGAUUUUAUUAGUAGUUACCAAUUAGAGCCCUAAGAAUUUGAUAUGCGAUGGUGGUGAAACUCUAAAACUCCAUUUGUGGGUUGAGUAAUCCCCUUAACAUUUCUUGUAUUGGAAGUAUUCUGCAGAUAAAGAAAAAGGAUUGUGUUAGGUAGGUAGCCAACAACCAACUUAAAAAUUGUCGGAUCUCUUCAACAUGAAUUCUAGAUGAAUGAUUAUGGUGGAAAAUUCCCUCAUGAAGCUCUUCUUGGAGCUCACAAAUCAGGCUAGCAUGUCUCCUUGUGCUUCAGAUAGCCAUUCAAAACUGACUAGCUUUAAUUUAAGAAAUCAUGCACUGCACAAGCAUAUUCAUGGUUAUUAAACAAAACACAAUAGUUGGAUAAUGGAUAAUUUGAUAACGCAAAGCAUGAUUCCUAGCACAUAUUUUUGGUUCUUUCUUAACUUUCACUAAUCUUAAUUGUGGUGAAUCAGCAAGAAGUGACCUCAUGGGUCUGCUGCAGAAAUAUGUGGGUUAUUAGUCAAUACAAGAAAGCUACAUUAUGUAAGGUGUAGGAAUUAGGCUACUAAAUUAGUCCUUGAGUAACCUUAAAAGCAUAACAUAUUGGUCCUUGUAUCCCAUUACUAAGUGCAUUUUAAGCUUUACAAAAAUUCUCAACCUACUAAUAAUAAUAAUAAAAAAAAAGAACGAGGGAAAGAAAAACCUCUCAAACUAAUUAGCAAUAUAGUAUCAAUAAUUAUGGGAGAUAAGACAUGUUACCAGAUGUAUGAGAAUUCGUGAGAAUAGAGAAAUAUGAGAAUGGAUCACAAGCAUUUUGAUGCAAGAAGUAUUCUCAAAGGCCAAUAGGAUGAUCAGACUUUUGAUAAACAUAAUCCUCUAUAAGCCAGAUGUAUGAGAAUUCAUGAGAACAGAGAAAGAUGAGCAUGAAUCACAAGCAUUUUGACAUAGGAAGCAUUCUCAAAAGCCCAUAGGAUGAUCAGACUUCUGGUAAAUGUAAUCCUGUAUAGGCAAUUGCAAGCACCACUGAAUAAGAUAAUAUCUAAAUAAUCAGAAGAUGGUCUCCUUACUCAUUAUUCAACUAAAAAAAGUUGGAAUCCAACUCAUUUUACAUCUUGGAUUGAUUCCUUUAUUUCUUUACACCAUAGUGACUUCAGAUCCAGGAGUCAACCAACAAGGGUCGCCACAAAUCUGUUUCUUUCGCCACAAAUCUGUUUCUUUCUUCUCUUUGAUGAUGAGAUUCUGAAGGAAGCUUACCUUUUUGUAAUACUUUGGAGACACUACUCAUAUGGAAUAUGUAGACCACCAAUGUAUUUCCAGUUUGCAUUUUCUUUUAUGAACUGAAUGCUGACUAGGAAGAACGUGUCCAAUAUGCACAGCCAAAUUACUGAAUGAUACAAAAUGCCUUAUCCAUCUUUUUUUUUUUGUUCACAAUCAUCUAAUAUUGUUGACUCUAUCACAGUAGCCUUGAUGUGAAAAGGAACAUUAUCAUAUUAUUCUGAAAAGAAACAGUUUUGAUGCAUUCACAGUCCAGUGGUUUGAAUUGAAUUAUUUGUGUGUUGGGAAUAUUACUUCCAAUGGCCUUAGGUUGUCCUGCAGAAAAUCCUUUCAUGCUAGGCAUCUUGUUUGAUAGUUUGGUUGUUAAAUUGGUAAAUUGAAAUCAGACUGUUAUUUUCUUUAAUUCAUCAAGUUUCUUGUCCUAUUCCAUAAACCUUAAAAAAAAAAAAAAUGGUUUCCUACCUGAAUCAAAGAUAGAUUUAUUCUGGGUGCUUGCAAGUAAAUGUAAUAGUUCUACUUUACUUCUUUGAUAUGUUUAGUAUCUUUCUCAAUUACGAGACUUGUGACAAUCAACCAAAAGGAUAAACCAGAGUGCUUGUUAAUGCUUCUUGUUGCUAGACAAGCAAUGCAAUAUGUUCCAUCCUACUUGCCAUCAGGAUUUCUUUCCUUAAAUUUAUUAGUCCAGUAAAGGAUGAAGUUUGGGAAAUAAGGAUGAAGCUUUGAAGAAACACAUGCUUUGGAUAGAUUUAUUGUCCCAAGUUGAAUCCUUUUGAGUUGAUAGUAGUCUCAACAUGCAAAAUAUGAGAAAAUCCAACCACAAUUUAGACACCAGGAGCUUGUGCAAUCUAGGUUUACUUUAUUAUGGAAUGGCUCUAUUCUUUAUUGAUGAAGUAAAUUAUUUGUUCCAGGGUUUGUGCUCAUCAAUAAUGCCACUGUUGCCCCCUUGUCAGGAUCAGUCCUUAAUUUAUAUGAGAGAAUAAAUUGUUGGCCAAUAGUGAAUAGAGAAGGAAAGUUGGAUGAUGAUUAUGUGAGAAAGGACAGAUAAUGAUAACAGAAUUGUAAUUUUUUAUUACACAAAAUUAAAUAUUCAUGAGUUGUGUCAUUUUCUGUUGAGUUUCCUAUGUAAAACCGAAGUUGGGUUCAAUAUGAAUCAAAAUCAGACAUGUUAGGAAUCUAUUCUAGCCAGAAAAAAUCAGACGUGGUAGAAAUAUUAUUGUAUUUAGUAACUUCAUUGAUUUUACUCACUUGUGACUCUGAUCUAACAACCCAAAAAGAAAUGGAGGCUCCACUCACUCUUUCUCAUAUGCAAGAAAAUCUCUAGAACCUGCUUCAAGUCUACAUUAGAUGCCACACGACUGUGACCUAAAUAAAGUCACUAUGCCACAUAGAAUCUUCACUGUUUUCUGGUUUCUUUGGUCAUGGAUUGGCAAGAAGUAUUCCUCAAGUAUAUAUAGACGUGGAUCUUUGUAUUUUUCAUCCUCCAGUGCUUAAGUAGUCUAUAAAUUAGUGUUUUAUUCUUUCAUGGAUGUUGUAGUAAAAGUGAUGUUUGUACUUAUUCCUUCUCUCAUUGCACCACUGUCCCUGGAGCCCGUUGUGGGAGCUAGACUUGGACCAUGGUAUGAAGAGAAGAAACUGAACUCAUUGGCAUCUCAAGACAUUGUGACUAACUUGCCAGGUCAGCCUAAGGUAGACUUCCUGCACUAUGCUGGGUAUGUGACAGUGAAUGAACAAAGUGGAAGAUCACUCUUCUACUGGUUCUACGAGGCAUCAACUCUCCCUGAUGAGAAACCUCUGGUGCUAUGGCUUAAUGGAGGUCCUGGAUGCUCUUCUGUGGGAUAUGGAGCAACGCAAGAGAUUGGACCUUUUAUUGUAGACAAGGAUGGACAUGCCCUUAAAUAUAAUCCUUUUGCAUGGAAUACAGAAGCCAACAUGUUAUUCCUGGAAUCCCCAGUUGGAGUUGGUUUUUCAUACUCAAAUAGAACUACCGAUUAUAAUAAUCUUGGAGAUGACUUUACAGCUAAUGAUGCCUACACAUUCCUACAUAAAUGGUUCCUCAAAUUCCCAUCCUAUAAAGAGAGGAUGUUUUAUGUGGCAGGGGAGAGCUAUGCAGGAAAAUAUGUACCUGAGUUGGCCGAACUCAUCCUGGAGAAGAACAAGAAUCCAUCACUAUUCAUUAACCUGAGGGGCAUAUUGCUGGGUAAUCCUGAAAUGUGUGAUGCUGAGGACUGGAAAGGUCUGGUUGAUUAUGCUUGGAGCCAUGCUGUGAUUUCAGAUGAAACUCAUAUAACUAUCAAGGAGACCUGUGAUUUUGACAGCAAUAACCCAUGGAGCAAUGAAGACUGUAGUCAAGCUGUUGAUGAGGUUCUCAGACAGUACAAGGACAUUGACAUCUACAGCCUUUAUACCCCAGUUUGUAUCAGUAAUUCAACAGGCUCGCAACAGGCAUCAUUGCAAGUUAUGUUUAGUAGCACUUCUAAGAUGAUGCCAAGGAUCAUGGGUGGUUAUGAUCCGUGCCUUGAUGAAUAUGCAACAACUUAUUACAACAGACCUGAUGUGCAGAAGGCCCUCCAUGUUAGUGAUGGUUGCCACCUCAAGAACUGGAGCAUCUGCAAUAUGAAAAUAUUCAAUGAUUGGACAGAUUCAAAGGAGUCAAUUCUUCCCAUAUACAAGAAUCUUAUUGCUGCUGGGCUUAGAAUAUGGCUGUACAGUGGAGACACAGAUGGAAGGGUCCCUGUAUUGUCCACGCGAUACAGCUUAAGUUCUCUGGGACUGCCCAUCACAAAGGCAUGGAGGCCCUGGUACCACAUGAAGCAGGUUGGUGGCUGGUUCCAAGAAUAUGAAGGGCUUACAUUUGCAACUUUCAGAGGAGCUGGACAUGCAGUUCCCAUCUUCAAACCGAGCGAAUCGCUUGCUUUCUUUGCGUCCUUCCUUCGCGGGGGAUCGCCACCCCUCCAGCGCUAAGAACUGUUAGUAAUGGGUCUUAGAAGCAGUGGCUUGUCAAGAGAUUUUGUUCUUGUAACUUGUAAGUGAGUAGGCUUGGUGUCAACUGCAUGGCAAUAAAGAGCUGGGAGAAUAGGUAUUUAGGCAUAUGUGAAUGGGUUUGGUGCUGCACCAAGUAUACAGAGUUAGGUCUUCUCUGUUUCCUGUUUGGUUGUCUAGAAAGUGAGAAGAAUAAAUUCAGGCAUUGGGUCCAAAUUCCCAGCUCUUGAAUUAUAUAAAUGGAAUCAUAAUGUUGGCUU